AUGCGAAUACGGUACAGAAUUGGCAAGAUUCCAAAAAUGCUCGCUAUAUUUGAUGUUCUGAUAGUUGGUGAGAUGGGGAAUGGUGAACUUUCACCUUUACAUACACGGAGGAGAUAUCUUCAUGAAAGUGCGAUUGUUUCACCAGAUUUUGCUGUUUUUGAUUAUCAUCAACAGUGCCCGCAGUUAUUCGCUUUAUUGCAUAAUGAUCUGUGCUUUUCUGUUGGCUUCAACGAAUUGGACAAAUUGCAAUGCGAAUUAGAACAGUUAUUGGUUCAUACCACAGAUCAUCAAAAAAAAAUCUGUGGUGAAUUGACGUAUCAGUUGACGGGUGAAUAUCCUUGUGAUGAUAUAUCUAGUCGACCGAUGCCUUCCUAUCAAUUGAAGCCUGCUAUGGAACCUGUGCCGGGAUGUAGCAAAAAUAAUGAAGAUCCAAUAAUAGAAGAUCCAACAGAAGUGGACUAUAGUGAUGAAGGUUUUGACAUAUGGCCACCCGUUAAUCUUCCCCAAAAAUUUUGGACUUUUAUUCGAGAUUUUUCGGACCCGAUUGAUGAUGAGUACAUUAGACACUGGUACCAUGAUAUAUAUCAGGCUUUUUCUGUUGAAGCUUUUCGAAAACUAUAUUCUUCAGGAAAAAAAUUCAACUUGGAGAAUGGAAACCGAGAUGAAAAGAAUUAUUCUAAGGUGCUGUCGUUGAACCGUGAAAAAAGUUCUCUAUCUUCAAAUGGUCCUCCAAAAAUUUCGCCUUUGAUAGAGGAGGCUACCAAUGCCUGUUUUGUCGAAGAGCAGAUUAAUUUUCCGAAGCAAGUCAACGGUCUAUCUCCAGAGUGCAAAAAAGCUAUUCGCAGAAAAGACAAUAUCUUGAAUGGUGGCAAAAAUGAGAAAAAAAAAGAAAAGAGAAAGCUCAAAAUGGAGGAAUCACAUGAUAAUAACCAACAAAAUGGUGCCUCUCUAAAUGAACAGGUCGUGGAACGAGAUUUGUUGCAAAACAAUAUUAUCGACCAGUUCGGACGUUCUUUAGGUGAUUAUCUAGCAAAAGAUGAAGUAACUAGUGCGCUGCAUAAAGCGCAAAAAGCUUUAAUGAUGAAAGAAAAAACAUGGCGACCAGUGGUUAUAAAAUUAUGGCAUAGACUACUUGCUGAAUAUCUGCGGAAUAAAAUGGAAAAUGAACUUGAUAAGGCUGAUAAAGAGUUAUUCGAAGUGUAUGAGAAGUAUUAUAACGAUUAUCCUCGACAUCGUCCAAAUAACGAUCUCGAGAAGGAUGAAUGUUAUGCAGCACUGCAUCGACGCAAUUCGAUUGCAAAAGCGUAUUACAAUAGGAAAUAUAUAGAUAUUACUAGCUAUGAUGUUGUUAUUAUCUUAGCACCAUAUUACGACCUUUCUGCAAAAGCAUUAAAUAUUAAGAAAGAAAAUUUUUUGAUGUGA